AUGUCUAUUGUAGCCAGUCGCAAUAGUAGCCGUAGCUACAGCUCAUGUAGCGGUGUCGGUUCGAGUGGCCUCAGUUCUACCGGUGGGAUGCAGUUUUCCAACGGUUUGGGAAGCGGUAGGUCCCGUAUGAGCGUGUCAUCUCUUGGGAGCAGUCGCGCGCCGAGUGUAUACGGAGGUGUGGGGGGAUACGGCACCCGUAUCUCUCAAUCCUCUUUCUCUAUGGACUGGCCAGGCCAGAUCACUUUCAGCGCCAACGAGAAGCAUACCAUGCAGAAUCUGAACGACCGUUUGGCCACCUACCUGGAAAAGGUGCACUCUCUAGAGGCAGCCAAUAGCAAGUUGGAGCUGCAGAUCAAAGAGUUCUACGAGAUGAGAUCACCGACUCACAAGAAGGACCUCAGUGGGUUCUAUGCCACCAUCGCAGACAUCCGCAACAAGAUCCAUGCCAGGUCUAUGGAGAACUCUCAGAUGAUCCUGUGUGUGGAUAAAGCCAGACUUGCAGCUGAUGACUUCAAGAUGAAGUUAGAGAAGGAGGCUAACAUGCGUAUGACGAUGGAAGGGGAUGUGGCUCGUCUGAGAGGAGUCCUAGACAGCUUUACGCAUGCCAGAGGAGACCUUGAGAUGCAGAUUGAUGGGCUGAAGGAGGAGCUGGUCUACCUCAGGAAGAACCAUGAGGAGGAGAUGCAUUUGAUGCGGACACAGCAGUGUGGUGCUGUGAAUGUGGAGAUGGACUAUUCUUCCUCAGUGGACAUGAGCAAGGUGCUGGAGGAGAUGAGGACCCAGUAUGAGGGCAUGGUGGAGAAGAACCAGAGAGAUGCUGCCAAGUGGUUCGAGAGCAAGGUGGAGGUGCUUCAGAACCAGAUCACCACCAGCACCACGGAGGUCAAGACCUCUCAGUCUCAGGUGACCGACCUGAAGAGGACCUUCCAGAGCCUGGAGAUUGAACUGCAUGGCCUGCUCACUCAGGAGGUCAGGAAAGUGACCAUGGUUGAGAAGGUCCAGGAAGUACAACACGUCCAGGAAGUGGUGGAAGCUCGAGGACACAAAAGGGGGUAUUUUACAUGUCGCCUCACACUCGGAAAAACGCACUUUAACCUCCCAGGACGCAUCGCCAGACUAUCUCUCGCCAUGUCUUUUGUAGCCAGUCGCAAUAGUAGCCGUAGCUACAGCUCACGUAGCGGUGUCGGUUCGAGUGGCCUCAGUUCUACCGGUGGGAUGCAGUUUUCCAACGGGUUGGGAAGCGGUAGGUCCCGUAUGAGCGUGUCAUCUCUUGGGAGCAGUCGCGCGCCGAGUGUAUACGGAGGUGUGGGGGGAUACGGCACCCGUAUCUCUCAAUCCUCUUUCUCUAUGGACUGGCCAGGCCAGAUCACUUUCAGCGCCAACGAGAAGCAUACCAUGCAGAAUCUGAACGACCGUUUGGCCACCUACCUGGAAAAGGUGCACUCUCUAGAGGCAGCCAAUAGCAAGUUGGAGCUGCAGAUCAAAGAGCUCUACGAGAUGAGAUCACCGACUCACAAGAAGGACCUCAGUGGGUUCUAUGCCACCAUCGCAGACAUCCGCAACAAGAUCCAUGCCAGGUCUAUGGAGAACUCUCAGAUGAUCCUGUGUGUGGAUAAAGCCAGACUUGCAGCUGAUGACUUCAAGAUGAAGUUAGAGAAGGAGGCUAAAAUGCGUAUGAUGACGGAAGGGGAUGUGGCUCGUCUGAGAGGAGUCCUAGACAGCUUUACGCAUGCCAGAGGAGACCUUGAGAUGCAGAUUGAUGGGCUGAAGGAGGAGCUGGUCUACCUCAGGAAGAACCAUGAGGAGGAGAUGCAUUUGAUGCGGACACAGCAGUGUGGUGCUGUUUAUGUGGAGAUGGACUGUUCUUCCUCAGUGGACAUGAGCAAGGUGCUGGAGGAGAUGAGGACCCAGUAUGAGGGCAUGGUGGAGAAGAACCAGAUCACCACCAGCCCCAUAGCGGUGAAGACGUCUCAGUCUCAGGUGACCGACCUGAAGAGGACCUUCCAGAGCCUGGAGAUUGAAAUGCAUGGCCUGCUCACUCAGAAGGGGUACCUGGAGCAGAGCGUCACUGAUAUAAAUGGUCGCUACGGCUCCCAGCUGAGCCAGCUGCAGGUUCAUAUCAACAGCAUGGAGGAGGAACUGCAGCAGCUCAAUGUCAGCAUCCAGCCGCAGGCCCCCGAGUACCAGAUCCUCCUGGACAUCAAGAUGAGUCUGGAGAUGGAGAUCGCUGAGUACAGGAGGCUGCUGGAUGGAGAGGGACUCAGUAGGCAUGUGGAGACCCGACAGGAGAUCAGGAAAGUGAUCAUGGUUGAGAAGGUCCAGGAAGUACAACAUGUCCAGGAAGUGGUGGAAGAGUACAACCAACACAUGCAGAAGCGUGUGAGGGUGAUCGUGGAGGAGAUGGUGGAUGGGAAGGUGGUGUCCACCUCAGUUGAUGAGAAGGUCCAGGAUAUAAACUGAGAAGGUCAGAUAGUUCCGGAAUCUGGUGAAGUGGUAAUGGACCACACAUACCCCUGCAAACGGGGGUUCAAGCCUCGUCUCUAUAUAUAUGUCAUGGUCGCACACUGUAAUAUUUCCCUUUUGGCAGGAUUGCAUCAGCUGAAUGAUAACUGAUGUAAUUUACUCAUGUUACCUUAUACCUCUUACAGUGGGGGAAAAAAGUAU